CGUGUGUUUGCGCUAAUUGCGGAGCUCCGCUAUAACAGAAGAUAAAAUGUAGAAUCUGAUGAACGUUUCUCUGACAGAUUUCCCACUUGUUUCGUUGCGUUAAAACAGCGCAGGGAGGAUGAGGAGCAUUUACGCGCAGAUUCCGCAUCUUCUUCUCUCUUGUUUCUCCUCAGGAUGAAAACACAACAUCUCUGGACUUGGAGCGAGUUGAUGUUGGAGCUGAUGGAAACACACGAGUCUGUUUCUCUCCAUCGUUUCUGUUUCCAGUGGAUUUAAUCCUGAUACGACACUUGUUCCAGAUUUUGAUUUAAUUCCGAAGUGAAUUGACGCGUAAAAACCAGGCCGAGCAGAAGAAGACCUGCUCCUCCUGCGCUGCCUUUAUUUUUAUUUUAUUUGACUCUACUGAACAAUGUGUUUCCAGUGUUGAUCUGAAGGAUUACAGCUGAUUUUUUACAUGUAGACGAGGCUCAGUGUGUUUGAGGAGAUUCGUCAGAGGCUUAUAUAAGAGCAGCGUCAUGUAUGCAGGACGCAAGAGGAGAAAACCGGUCCAGAGAGCGGUGAAGCAGCCGCCGACCGAAGGGGCCAAAUCCAACCCGUCCAAACGGCACAGAGACCGGCUGAAUGGCGAGCUGGAGCGGCUGGCCAGCCUGCUGCCUUUCCCUGAAGAGGUCACCGCCAGUCUGGACAAGCUCUCCAUCCUCCGCCUCAGUGUCAGCUACCUUCGCGCCAAGAACUUCUUCACUGUGGCCCUGAACAGUCGGAACGGAGCGACUCCAGCUGGUGUGAAUGAUGACGACAGUAAAACAGCCGCAGUGGUGGAGAAAAAGAUCCCUGAAGGAGAGCUGUUGCUGCAGGCUCUCAACGGCUUCGUCCUGGUCAUCACCGGCAGUGGAACCAUCUUCUACUCCUCUCACACCAUCCAGGACUACCUGGGCUUCCACCAGACGGACGUCAUGCACCAGAGUGUUUAUGAACUGGUCCACACAGAGGACCAGCAGGAGCUCAGGAGAAGCCUGCACUGGGCUUUGAAUCCUCCUGCUGCGGCUGCAGCUGCCGUCACCCAGGACUCCCCCCAAGAGAUGGAACCUGACAGUGGCUCGUCUCUGGUCACCUACAAACCUGAACAGCUUCCCCCAGAAAACUCGUCCUUCCUCGAGAGGAGCUUUGUUUGUCGUUUUCGUUGCCUGCUGGACAACUCCUCCGGCUUUCUGGCGUUGAACAUCCAGGGCCGGCUCAAGUUUCUGCACGGUCAGAACCAGCGACAAGAAAACGGAGGGAAGGCAUCGCCCCAGCUCGCCCUCUUCGCCAUCGCCACUCCUCUGCAGCCUCCGUCCAUCCUGGAGAUCAGGACCAAGAACAUGAUCUUCAGAACCAAACACAAGCUGGACUUCACACCUCUGGCCUGUGACGCAAAGGGGAAGAUAGUACUGGGGUACACCGAGGCUGAACUGCGGGUACGAGGAACUGGGUAUCAGUUCAUCCACGCAGCAGAUAUGUUGUACUGCGCAGAAAACCACGUCAGAAUGAUGAAGACAGGAGAAAGUGGUCUGACCGUGUUCCGGCUCCUCACCAAGGAGAAUCGCUGGAAAUGGGUCCAGGCUAACGCCAGACUGGUUUACAAGAACAGCAAACCGGACUACAUCAUCGCCACCCAGAGGCCUCUCUUGGAUGAAGAGGGAGGAGAACACUUGCGUAAGCGCUCCAUGCAUCUGCCCUUCACCUAUGCCACAGGUGAGGCCCUGCUCUACCAGUCCAACCAUCCCAUCGCAGCCUUUGGAGACGGAGGCCACGAGAAAAACGGAAGCAAAUCAAAGAAGAGCCGCACUGACAGGCUGAUAAGGGAUGGUCUGGACCCUGGCUCCCUCCUGGGGGCGCUCAUGAGUCAGGAUGAGUCGGUGUACGUUUGUCAGCCUGCCCUGGAGCCCAAGAUGUCGUUCCACAGCACCUUCUUUGCAGAGCAAAUGGGCUUCUCUGACUCUGAACCCUCCAGCUUGCACGGGAGCUGGGACGAGCCGAGCAACGGUGUGGUGGGUCCAGGCAGCACCGAGCCGAACACCAGCUUCGACCCGCUGCUGGCUACUCUGGACUCGCUCUCCUUGGAAGGCCAGGGGUUGGUGGAUGCAGACGAGGGGGGUUGUUCGAACGGGGAGCUGUUUGGAGCUCUGGAGGGCUUGGGGCUUAGCGCUGAGGACCUGGAGCUGCUAUUGCUUGACGAGCGGAUGAUCAGAAUUGAGAUGGACCCUGAGCGGGUGCCCACACUGGACGACCUGCUGACGAACGACGAGAUCCUUUCAUAUAUCUACGACUCCAUAGAGGGAAGGACUGAUUCGGCAUUGCACGCGGGCCAGGGGCCUCCUAGUUGCGCCCCAGCCACAGUUACAACAUUGUCCCUUCCUGAGAGUAAUCCCACCUCUGACACUAACUUGCAAAUGCAGUUUCCUCAUAACAAGCCUCCCCUGGUGGGGCAGGCUCCCAUCGUGCAGCUGUCGCAGCAGAUGCAGCAGCACCUCAACAUGCGAACAGGUAAAGUGACGCAUGACUGGGGCCAGCAGAGCGACCAUUUGACGAACACGAUAGUUAAUGGAGAGCUGCCGGGGCAAAAUCAAUCAGUUUCUAAUGGCCAGUGGACGCCGCAAGGCAUUGUCACCAGUGUAGGGAUACAGCUGGUACACUUGAACACGCAACAGACUGUUUUCAACGGUAAGGCCUCUGCGGUGGAUCAGCAGCAAACACAUCAACACUACCUUCAGCAGCAGCAGCAGCAGCCCAGGAUGAGGAACCAGCUCUCACAGCAGUGCCAUGCCAAACACAAGGCAUCCAACCUCAACGGACUGUGUGGCAUCCCCAGCACAGAGCAUGCAGCUGGGAAGUCCCAGUGGCAGGACUACAGAUUCAGCCAGAGUCUGGGCAGCAACACCUGCCUCGACAACAGCCAAAAACCUCUGACAAGCACCUCACUAGAUACAUGCAUGGAUUAUAGCAUGGCUGACACUGAAAACUCAGAUUACACCAUCAGCGGUAGCGGUUUGUUCGGGAGGAGCGGGCAGCAGCUCGGGGCUGAGCCCAUGGUCUCAUCUUUCCAGGGGAUGAACCACAAACAGCAGCAGGAGCAGAUCUCGGUCCCUUUGGCUCAGGUCAUCUCCGGCCUGUCGCAGUGCCCUCCCCCCAACGCCUCCCUGGAGCAGAUCCUGGGUGUGGCUAAACCCUGCCGGCAGCUAGACCAUUAUGGCAUGGUGACGUCGGAGAUGCCUCAUGAUCCCAAUCAUAGCAAGAUGGAGAACGGCUGCAUCCUGAGCAGCACUUACCCAGGAGGCUGUGCUCUGCCCAACGGAAACGGACCAGCGCCCCCUACUGUCCAGAUGCCCUGCCCUGAGACUCUGUCAAGCCUCCCCGACCCUCCAGCCACCGGCUUCUACCUCUGACCGUCUGACCAGCAACAGUUAACACACACUGUUACUGGCCAGAGACACACAAUGACUGGAGCAGCCUUAUAGAAAACAUAACAAACAAAGCUGAACGAACGUAGGCCUAUGUGUAUUUCUUUUCUUUUUCUUUUUUUAAUUAGGAUUUUAUUUCUUUUGGGGGGAGGAGGGGAUCAUCGCGUUGUAUUUCAAGACAGAUUAUCAUAUGAGUCCUUUGUUUACAAUAAUGCAGUCAAGAGAGCUGAUUGGAGGUUGUUUUAAUACAGCGACGAAAAUAUGAGCUUGUGUGAAGCUGAGUUUUAUGAGUUCGGAUACAACACAAAGCACAGUUUAGAUUUGAGACUUCUAAAAUCAACUAUUCCCUUUAUUAAAAAAAACAUUAAUGCAGGAUUUCGGUUAAAGUUUGAUCAAACAGUUUGUCCUAAAACAUCUGGAUUACCUUUGUUUUAUCGGUGGGUAAAUUUUUCCUGAAGUUCGCAGCAGAUUAACAACAGGAAAUGUAUGUAUUUAUCAGUUUGGUCAUUUUCCAAGAAAAUACAAAACAUUUCCUUAUUCCAACCUUUCAAUUGUCAGGAUUUGUUGCUUUUCUUUGUCUUCUGCCUGCUGCUCACCAGAUAAUUUUAUCUGAAUUUAUUUUGGGUUAGACCACAGACACCACGACAGGUUUGACUGUUUUUUUAUUUUUUAAUCGUGAUAACACACAGACUAGAUGCAGGAUCACUCACUCAGCAUUUCCAGAGACUUUGGAUAUCACAGGAACUUCAAAAUGAAAACAAACAUGGGGGUGGACCCAGCGUCUUCAGCUGGUUGGUGAUCAGCAGGCAUCCUGUGCCAGAACCAUUAAGUUUUGGACUCUUUUGACAAAGAUAUUCAAAGCUGCAUUUUCUGACAUUUUCUAGACAAACUGAUUUAUCGAUCAGUCAAGAAGCAUACGAUUAAUCGAUGAUAAUAAUGAUUAUAAAAUGUUCCAUAUAUAUCAAAUUUUCCAGAUUCAAAUCAUGAUCUGGUGUUAGAGUUAGGACAAAUGUGCUUGUCUUUGUAUCUGAACACUGUACGACACGUCACCUCCGUCAGUGCAGCUCGUACGUGACUCUGGCUUUGACGUCAGCGCCGCUCAUUGUUCUUCGUCACUCAACAAGAAUGUAAUCUUUCCGUGUUCAGUGAUUUCUUUGUUGAACAGUUUUACUCGUCAACAAUGAGAUUAUUUUUCGUAUGUUUGGAGGGAAAAAAAGUCUAGAAUAUUGAAAUUAUGGCUAGAAAUAUCCUGCACUUUAUUUCAAGCACCCACUUAAUGCAGAUCUGUAGUCAGGGACCCUGGUGAACAACAGACCCUGUUUUCAUUUUUUUGUUGUUGUUGUUUAUCUUUGAAGCAAGAUGGACAAGUUUGUAUUUUUUAUUCCUACUUUGAGGUACAUUUCAGGUGACGCAUUAAUGUCCUCACAAGCACAAACACUCCUGUACGAUUUAUUAGUGUCAUCAUUUUCAUCUUUCCCCACUUGAAUUUUUUUUAAUGGGUUGUUGAUAAUGUUUUAAAAAUCUUGGACCUCUUGGAUGAGUUUUCUUUUCUUUUUAAUUUCUCUCUUAUUUUGUUUUUAAAGUUUAACGGACUUGAUUAGGAGAUUUCACUUAGUUUUAAUUUACUGUAUUUAUUUAUGUCCUACAGCAAGCAUUCUGGAUUGUUUUGAAGUUAAUGUGUGAAACAGGUUCUUGAACAAAAGCAGUGAUGUAAAAAAAGAAAUAGAAAAUGUCCUCCUCAGUUGUUCUCCUGCGAAGCAGCUGUUGCUCUUCUAAGGAAACCAGCUAAAUAUUUUUUUUUUUUUACAGUUAAUCCAAACCCACGUCCAUUACAGUAUAAAUAAACCCGAGAUUUUAAGGAAAAGUCUGAUUUGUUAGGAAAAUAAAUCUUUUUUGCUUUGUCGCUCAGAGGGAGAGAAGACCAGAGAUAUUAAAUAAAGAUGGACAACUUCUCCACUUCCUCCCACCAUCAAGAAAUUAAGCCACAAUAUCCCAUGCACAUGUCACCAUCUUGUUCUUAAUUAAAUCAUUCUGAGUUAGUUUGCACACAACCAAUCGUGAGUCAGUUUGUUAGGUCGGGUCGGUGGCAGGGUCUGUCGUCAGCAAGUGUCGUCCUUAACGCUGAUUGGCUUUUGGGUCAUUGUGUCCCAAUUAUUUUUGCUCAAACUCAAUUAUUUCUACUUUGGGGGGCGAAGUGCUUUCGUCUUUGCAUUGACUUCAUUUGAUCUCAUUGAGUCAAAAAUUUGCUACAUUGGACCAACCGCUGCUCCUUCUCUUGAUUCCAUCUGAACAGACUCUGACUCCAAAUGUACAAGAUGGCAGCGUUGGUAUUUUGGCUUAAUUUCUGGAUAUUGGGAGGAAGUAGGAGCAUCGUUCAAUUUUAUUUACAAUCUUAUACUCAAACAAACAAAAUUAUAUUCAUCUCCUCACCUGAUAUAUCGUCUAAGUUAUAAACAAACCAUUUCUUCUCCAAGAUGUCAGACUUUUCCUCUGAAGCGGCAGAAAACUUUGUGAUGUUUACAUCAUCAAGUCGCUAACUUCACGGUCUUCACAGGAUCUUGGGGCAGGUACAGAAUAGUAAACACUGAAAAAAACCAAAUGUGAGUAUUAAAAAGAGAUCUCAUUUCUACUGGAAGGAUUUAGUUCUGAAUGUUUCUUGUACAUAGUGAAUUACUGGAAAAUGAUGCAGAGUCAAGGUAUUUCAUCAAGAAAAGAUGCUGAAAAGAGAUUUCCAUUUAAUUGUUCAAAUAAUGUCAUACUGUCGGUAUUAAUAUUAUUGCUGUAUGUUUUAUGUUGAAAUGUGAUACACACGUCGUUCGAAAUGUUUUUCUUUCCCUUUCUUUUUAUUUUCUACAGCAGAAAUGUUUGCUAUAUUUAAUAUGAUUGAUGUGACUUAUUAACAGUGUGAAAAAAAAGAUGUGUAUAUAAAGCAAACCAGCUUUGACAAAUACAGGUAUGUAAAUAGUUUUACGUCGAGUCACUCGUUUCAAGCACUAUUUUUAAAACACAUGUUUAUCAAACUCCUUUUGUUGAUUCUUUUUUCUUUUUUCUUUUUUUAAAAAGUUGUAAAUAGUUUCCUCAUCACAGACACUGGACUCUAUGACAGCCUGAAAAUGGUGCCAUACUACUGAGACUUGUUGAAUAGGCUAUAAUGUUGGCGAGUUUAAUUUUGUCUUUCUGGGUAGCCACAGUAAAUUUAACAUGCUAACAGGACAAGGUGUAGAUGUUGUAGAUUUGACCCGUGUCCUUUGACUGCUUGUUUCAAAUGUAUAAUUUUCUUCCUUUUAAAUAAAGGAUGUCUUCAAUCACAGUGAAA